AUGAAAAAGCUUAAUCCUAAAGAUACUCCGAAACUCAUUAUCAGUCCUGAAAGCAUUCACAAACUUGGAGCAACUGGCUAUGAUAUAAUUAUACUAGAUGAGUUUGAAACUAUUACUCAGAAUUUUAGUGGACCUACUAUGAAAAAACUGAAGCUGAGUCAUGACGUAUAUAAAUCCUUGCUCCAAUCUGCAUUAUUGAUAUUGGCUUUAGAUGCUACAUUAGAUUCAGACUCGCUUGUACAUUUACAAACCAUUUCGAAAAUAGAUGCCGAAAAUUCAACCGUGAUAUGGAACCAGCAUAUACGAGAUAAACGUCACGCUCUUAUACAUAUUAAUACCAAAAAAUGGAAUGUUGAAUUAAUUGGAGCUCUUAGGCAAGGAUUAAAAGUCUAUAUUCCAAUGUUUGCUAGUGCAGAAAUGGCAGAGGCUCUUCAUCAGGAAUUGGCAUCUCAUGGGUAUAAAGGUAAGUGUUUUUCUAAACGACUGUCAGAAACUGAGAAAAAGGAUAUAUUUGCUGAUAUCAAUGAGGCAGUGGCAAAUCUUGAUUAUUUAAUAGCGACUCCUGUGAUGACUUGUGGAGUAAGUAUAACGAUCGAAAAUUUCGAUAUGACAUUUGCACAUUUCCGCACAUUAGCUGGUCUGACAAGCAAUGAAGCAUAUCAGAUGUUGCAUCGCGUUCGAAAGCUAAAUCAAAAUGUAGUACACAUUCUAACGGAUUUACGUAGCGAUAAUUUGCCGACAGACCGUGAAGAUUUACUUCGUUUUAUCAGCUAUCGAUGUAAUAUUGCAGAAUAUCCUGAUUUAGAAGAGGCUCAUUGUGAUAAAACACUCACUACUGAUGGUAAAUGGAUUUUUAAACCAAAUGCUUCCUUGGAAACUCAUCUUUAUAAUGCAUCUCGUCGCAAUGCGUCUAGAAAUGAUUUUGUUAGUUUACUGACUGAUCGUCUUAGCGAAUGUGGUUAUGAUAUUAAUAUUGCUGAAGAUUGCCCUUCUAUUGAUUCAAAAAUCACAGAAAAUAAUGAAGGCAAAGAAUUGUUUUUAAAUGUACGUUCAAUCAAAAAGGUUCUGGAUACAGAAAAAUAUUCAAUGAUUGCUAAUGCACCGGUUUUGAGUAAUAUCGAAGCUUUAAAUAUUCAAGAAUGCUUAGAAAGAGAAGAGAAUAUAGACCUGACCUGUAGAUUUGCUUUACAGAAAUAUAAUCUCGCAUCUUUUUAUAAAAAGACACCUGAAGAUAUAACAGAAGAUUUUGUAGAAAAAUAUUCCCAAAAAGAGAUGCGAAAUGCGUAUAGUGCAUUAGUUCAAGCUAUGGACCCUCUCGAUGACUUGCGAGAGAAUCAUAAACUUAUGGUUAUUGGAGACUCACGAGAGAAGGCUUCUUGCGAUUCAUUAUUGCCAAAAGUUAUUGCUUUAGAGGAGAUUUUACGAGGGAUAGGUUUUUCUUCGGGUAUUCAUACAUCUUAUACUUUAUCACGUCAAGAUUUUGAUACUAAUUUACUGAGCUUUCUACCAAUCUAUAAGAAAAAUGAGCGUCGUUACUAUGCAAUAUUUGGCAAAAAAUGGAGACAGCAUGCUAACUAUAAUCUAAAGUAUUUUAUGGAAUUUCUUCUCAAACCACUAAAGGAAUUUAAAGUAUCAUUUUAUCGAGAAAAAGACCGUAAUAAACAACUUACAUACUUGAAACUCCUAAUAGACAAGGAUCUACGAAAAAUUCUCCCCAAUACUUGUUCAAGUGAUAACACAAUCAUGGAUUUUCCAAAAUCGGAUCUCAAUCCUUCUCAAGAUAUCGUCGAUAAUACUAUUAAUAAAGUUAGCACAGCGGAGAAAAAUAUACCUAAACCUUUGAUUUCUUUAUCUUCAGAGUUUCUCAUUAAAAAUGAAUCUGAUAUAGAUAGCCUAAUUAUUCUUUUACAGCAAAAAUUCCAAAUGUCUCGGGAAAGGUUAGAACAAUGGCGAGCCAAGAUUGCUUUUGAAAUGCGGGAUAAUCAAAAUUAUUGGAAAAAAGAGCGUGAGAGCAUGGACGAGGUCGCUUUCCUGGAAUAUAAGCGAAAUUUCGAGGCUAAGAUGAGCGUACCUACUACUCCGCACAAAAAAGAAUUGAAAAAUAAAUCUUUAGCAAUCAUUGAAUAUGCGUAG